GCCUCACAUUGUUUGAUGGCCUCUGACAUUUUCACAUCACUGGGAGGGUUGAAAGCUUUUUCCGCUCUUUGUUACAAGGCUUUUUUUUUUUCCCUCUUCCAAGUUUUAACUUAAAAAAUAUUAUGAGGGCAUUCCAGAAGUAAUUCAGUCUGAGCUUCAGGGAAGAGAAUGAGAGGCAGGUGUGGCUGGUUAGGAAAAGCCAUAAUGAUAGUGAAGCUUUUGCUCCUCUGUGUUUCAGUAGGACUGGUGGAGCUGGUCACACAUUCAAGAAAUCCUGGAUAUGAAGAUGGCUCUUUCCACAACUCAAAGACAUCAAUUUAUGGGAUAUCUACAUAUCCUCAAUGGCCCCCCGGAUCACAGGAGGAUUGGGAGAUGGAGAAGCUCAGGGAGGAGACCCCAGAGCAUCUUUCAAGCACCAUAACUUCACAUCAAGGAGAGAGAGAUGAUUCAGAAGCUGGAACCCCACAGUCCAGAAAUGGGAAUUGGUGUUCCUUCAUGAAGUCCCAGCUGGUCACGUACACAGCUGCCUGCAAGAAAGAGAAAUAUGUGAUUAAAUCACAGCAGCCUUGUUCAAAUGGAGCCCCAGACUGCCAGAAAAUCAUGUAUAGGGCAACUUUGAAGCCAGUGUAUCGUGUGAAGCAGAAGGUUUUAAACUCUUUGCACUGGAAAUGCUGCCCUGGUUAUAUUGGCGAGAACUGUGAACAACGUGAUCCCAAUUUUGUUCCAGUGCCUGCUAAUCAUACAGAAGGACUGGAAGAUGGAGAAGAGUUCUCAAGCAAAAUGUCAACAUCACUGCAGGCAGAAGAAAUUAUGAAAACCAUUCAGAAUCAUAAGGCACUUCUGGAAGAUCUUCAGAACGAUAUUCAUCAGUCAGCCGGAGAUUUACAGAAACUGCUUGAAAACAACAUUACCACCAUGACGUCAAAACUGAACCAGAGUAAAUCUGAACUGCCUGAAAGGCUCCUUCAGCAAAUGCUGUUUCCUCAUAUGGAGAGUUUCCUGAAGGAACAUUUUAACCCAAUGUGGGCAAACUUCAAUAAAAGCUUACAGAGCCUCUCCAGCAUGGUAAGAAACUUGUCCAAGGAUGUGGAGGCCAACAAAAAAAGCAUAGAGAAAUUCCAAGAAAGCACCGUGCCCAAGAAGGAAUUCCAGGAGCUAGGAACUAAGUUUGAAUCGAAAGUUCAAGAAAAUGUAAUGAGAGUGGACCAGCUGAAAAGCGAAAUAGGCAAUCAUCUACACAUGCAGCAGACUACCAUUCACAACAAUCUCACCAUGAUCAAGGCAGAUACUGAUAUGAAGCUCAAGAGGUAUCAUAAGAUACAGCAGUCCCAUUUAUUAGCUUUGAACAGUAGCAUGACAGACAUAAAACAAGAGCAAGAAAACCUUGAAGAUGAACUUGAGACUUUGAACAGAAACUUAACAGAACUCUCUUUAUACUGUGGCAACAAAGAUGAAGCUACCUGGCUAUCCAUCAGGCAACUCAAUGAGACCCUGAUAGGGCAUGAAAAGCAGCUUAAAGAACUGUUCAUGGAGUCAGAUGCGGCCUUUGAGGAUAUUACUGUUUUAGAUAAAUGGGUUAAGGAUUUAAAAGCCAAGUCAAAGCAUGAAUCAGAGGAGUUUAGAGUAGCCUUAAUGGAGAAAUCACUUAUUAUAGAAGAGAACAAAGAAGCUCUGGAAAGGCAGAUAUUGGAGCUCAACUAUACCCUCUCAAAUCUUCAAGAAAGCCACUGGGAUCUCUUAAAGUACAUGAGAGAGUGCAAUUGUGCGAAAAUAUCUUCUGACAUUGACAUACUGGAAGAUCAUCAAAAGAAUAUCACCCGUUCCCUAGAGAAUACUCAGCUAAACUUAAAGGAAGUGCAACACCUAGAGAUGUCUUCAAAGGAUCUCUUGAGGAGUGAAAUUGAAGAGCUGUCCACGGCUUUUAAUUCUAUCCACCAGUCUCUUGGUUAUCAACAAGAGCAAAGCAGACAACUGAUGGACAGCAUGUCUCAUCUUAAAUCACAGAUUAAGAUUUUGUCAGAAGAUAUUGGCUUCCUGAAGAAGAAAGAUGAGGAAAUUCAUGGCCACAUCAAGUAUCUCAAUAGCUCUUUCAAUUCUCUUUUGGAAGAUGCAAUGCGGCAUGAAACAGCACUAGAGGCCUUGUUGGGAGCAGAAAUUAUGGAGGUAUUGUCUGAAGAAAACCCUAACACCUUAAUAUCGCCAGUAGCUCAACUGCAAGAAGCUCUCAGACACACCUCAGAUAAACUCAAAGAGCAAAAUGUGACUUUAGAAUCCCUUACAAAGAGAUUUAAUUUCCUGGAGAUUGGUCGUGAGAGUAACCAUGGUGCUCAGAAUGUCCCUAAACAUCCAGAACAUAAAAAGCAAACAAAAAACACUCUGGAGGAAGUCAGGAGCCCACACAGCAAUGUAGAACAUAUGGAGCCUAACCAUGAGGCUUCCAGGGAUGACAUUGUGGAUAAUCCAGCAUAUAAUGAUAUCAUGACUCUAAAAAAAGAGAUCAAACAUCUAAGUAUGGACAUCAAGAGGCAUCAAUCAUGGAGGGACGAUAACAAUAAUUGCUGCAAUCAUACUGUAGUAAAUCUAGUGGAACCACUCAGCAUUUCAGUGGAGAUUCUGAAGGCAGAUUUAGUAACCACCAAACAGAGUUUUGAGGACCAUCUACAGAUUUUUCAAAAACUGUUUGGAAGUACUGAAGAAUUAGUUGCCUCAAACAUAAGUCUGGACAUUACAAAGAUUCAGUCAAUGAUGACCAAAAAGAUGAGGCGGCAGCAAAAAGGUCAUGAGAAGCAAAAAAGGAGAGACAAGAAACAGACUGAUGAGAACAGAGAACACAUGCAAACUAUAAAUGGAAGAAAUAAAAUAGAGGCUGAGCUUUCGGAAAAAGAUUCAUCAGUGGCAUUCUACGUUGGAUUCUGCGAAGAAUGGGAUGAAGUAAAAGCACUGAGGUUUAAUGAAACAUACCUUAAUUAUGGUAACAGCUAUUUCCCUGAACAGGGCUACUUCAAAGCACCUCAAAAUGGUGUCUACAUGUUUCUUAUCAAUGUGAAGUUUAGUGCAGGACCUGCACUAGGGCAGCUGGUUUUCAGCCAUGGGAACAGAAUGACUCUGUCAAGUAGUCAGAAGAAGGAGACAACUGGAAGCUCUGAGACCACUUUUGCUAUGGCAGAGCUGAAGAAGGGGGAGAGAGUGUGGUUUGAACUGCUUCAGGGCUCUAUAGUGAAAAGUAGCCCACCUGGAACAACCAUGGGUGGAUUUCUAAUAUUUAAAACUUGAAGUGUGCCAUUGCUCAUUAGUCAACAUUUUCCCACAGAUACAGUGGACCAUCAAUUACUGCCUGAUCUGUGAUUUGUUUGCAUAUAAAUACUGUUGUGUGUUUUUAACAUAGCACUGAUUUACCUCCAUAUUCCUUUCUAGACAUAUUUGUUUUUUGAUUACUUAAAGCAUCACAUAGAAUUUAGAGAAAUGGGAUUUUAUUAAGUUUCUUCUGUGUGAUGAGUUAAUGCGUUGAAUGCAGUAUCUCAGCCCAAGGUAAGUUAGAGUUGAGGGAAAUUCCAAGAUUUCAAAAUGUAGUUUCAUUCUGAAUUGGGAUGAAAAGUCAAAUCUUUGAUUUUUACAUAUAAUACACCUCUACCCCGAUAUAAAGUGACCCGAUAGAAUACGAAUUCGGAUAUAACGCAGUAAAGCAGUGCUCCGUGGGGGCAGGGCUGCGCACUCCGGUGGAUCAAAGCAAGUUCGAUAUACCACGGUUUCACCUAUAACACGGUAAGAUUUUUUGGCUCCUGAGGACAACAUUAUAUCGAGGUAGAGGUGUAGUUCAUUUUGAUAAGGUCAAAAUGUUUUGGCUUUUACAUUAUAAAUUAUAAAUAUAAUAUAUAAAUCAAAAUGAUGAAAUCAAAGUGCAACAUUUCAAACUUAUAAAAAAAAGUUUCAAAAAUUCUGAUAAAACACAGAUUUAGUCAAAUCAACAUUUUCUGAUGGUAAACUGUUCCAUCGGAAAAAUUUUGACCAGCUCUAAUUGUAAGCAUUAAACUACAGAAUUAUUAAAAACAGGUCCAUGUAUUGCUCUUCAAACCUUAAUUUUAUAGCUGACUGUGCCCCUUUGCAGUGAAGAUUGGAUGUGCCAGUUCCUAACAUGUAUAAUAAUCACAUGAAACACGCCUUUGCACCAUUACCUCUGCAUGUCUCUUGGAAUAAGGCAAGCCAGAAAGUUAGCAGUCUUAACUGUUUAUAAAUUAACUCACUGGUGGGAUUGUAAGCAUCUCUCUGUACUGCUGUCUCCAAUACACUGAAGACUGAAAAUACACCAUUUAUUCUGUGCCUUUGACAAGUAAAGUAAUCUCAUUUUUAUGCACAAUACUGCAUUAAUAUUUUGAACUGGGGGGAGGAAAGAGUACAAGAAAAGCAAGACGGGGUGAGAAAGUGCAAAGGGAGACAAAAGCAUCAAUGACAGGUAUCUUUAAUUUAGGCCAUUAAAAUCAGGUGACCCAGACACUUUUAAUGAAGUAGAUUCAAGUUUCCUUUCUACCCCACUCAUCAUCAUCAGCAGUGAUAUGGCUUAGAGCAGGGGUAGGCAACCUUUCAGAAGUGGUGUGCUGAGUCUUCAUUUAUUCACUCUAAUUUAAGGUUUUGCGUGCCGGUAAUACAUUUUAACGUUUUUUAGAAGGUCUCUCUCUAUAGGUCUAUAUUAUAUAAUUAAACUAUUGUUGUAUGUAAAGUAAACAAGGUUUUCAAAAUG